AUGUUUACUUGGCUGUUUGGCUCUGAGUCGAGCCCGCCGAUCUUUUUGAAGUUCCGGAGCUCCAAGACAUUUAUCAUUGUCGUUGUUUCCACCGCGGUCUUUACGGACAUUUUCGCAUAUGGCAUUGUUGUACCAGUCUUCCCAUUUGCACUCACCUCUCGAGCCAACAUCCAGCAAGACGAUGUGCAGACAUGGGUUUCGAUCUUUCUCGCAGUAUAUGGGGGAGCUUUACUGGUAACCGCGCCGUUGUUCGGUUGGCUGGCAGAUCGUAUGAAGUCUCGACAAUUCAUGUUCAUGAUCGGUCUGGUGAUACUUGGAGGCUCGACUGCCAUGCUCUGCGUUGCCGAUAGCAUUGGGUUGUUCGCGGCUGGCCGCGUCCUACAAGGAGCCAGCGCUGCUGUCGUCUGGGUCGUCGGACUGGCUUUGCUCGUGGAUACGGUGGGCCCUGAUGAAAUAGGAGCUGCAAUGGGUUAUGUUGGUCUGUCGAUGAGUUUGGCCAUUUUGCUGGCUCCACUCCUCGGAGGCAUUGUAUUCGCGAAUGCAGGCUACUAUUCGGUCUAUGCAAUGGCAUUUGGGCUUAUCGUUUUGGACAUUAUUCUCCGAUUCGCCAUGAUCGAAAGGAAAUCAGCUCGUAGGUGGCUCGCGGAAGAACGUCCGUCAUCACCACCAACGAAGGCCCAAGCGAAAGAAGAUAUGCCAGUCGGUGUGGAGAAAGAAACGUUGCCACCAAGCUCAGGAAAGAGCGCCGACAUAGACGAAAGCGCCGUCGAUGGUCAUGCGGUCUAUCCAAACGCAGCAGAGGCGGCGGUGCUUCAUAGCUCCCCAUCGCCGCUAAAAACGCUCAUCAGCCAUCUUCCCCCGGUGGUCUUCCUCUUUGGCUCUCGCCGAGUGCUGUCCGCUAUGUGGGCGUGUGUCAUGCAGUCAACCCUGCUGACCGCAUUCGACUCGAUCUUGCCGUUGUUCGUCAGGGACACCUUCGGCUGGAAUUCGACGGGUGCUGGCUUGAUAUUCUUACCCAUUGUCGUGGCGACAUUCACGGGUCCAGUCAUUGGAAGGUUGUCCGACAAAUAUGGACCGCGCUGGCUCGCAACAUCUGGAUUCGUGGUCGCAUGUCCAUUCCUGAUCUUGCUACGACUGGUAGACCACAACACUCUGGGGCAAAAGGUUCUUCUCUGCGCUUUGCUGGCUCUUUGCGGUAUCGGAUUGACCCUCGCACUGACCCCGAUCAUGGCGGAGAUUGCGUACGCGGUGGAAGCCAAGGCAGCCCGGCGUCCAUCUGGGUUCUUUGGCGAGAAUGGGGCAUAUGCUCAAGCCUACGCUCUCUUCAAUAUGGCGUGGGCGGCCGGGAGUAUGAUCGGUCCACUGCUGGCAGGCUUGGUCAACCAAUCCCACGGUUGGCCCACGGCGACUUUGAUCCUGGGAUGUGUCUCCAUCUUCACAGCGGUGCCCACUGCUAUUUGGACAGGAGGAAGUAUCUUCAAGGAAAAGCGCCGCGAUAGGGAGCAGGGUCAAGUUGCUGUCGAAAACAGCGUACGAGCCGGACCUUGA